GAGCCCGUACUGGGAGUGCAGGGAAGUGGAUCUUCAGCGCAGAGCAGGCUGGGGAGAGGCUGCUACCGGCAGGACAGGCUGUGCCGUGAUGAGCUGCAACAGGGUGAGGAGGCUGGGAAGGAGGAUGACAGCAUGCUGAAGGCUGCGAGAAAGGUGACGCUGGAACCAGGAAUAUGUUGAGUCCCAAGAUAAGGCAGGCCAGGAGAGCCCGGUCAAAGAGCUUGGUGAUGGGCGAGCAGACCGGGUUGCCCUCCAGGCCGUCGUCCCCUAGCCCGCAGGACCGAGUGCUGAAGUCUGGCUGGCUGAAGAAGCAGAGGAGCAUCAUGAAGAACUGGCAGCAACGGUGGUUUGUGCUGCGUGGAGACCAGCUCUUCUACUAUAAGGACGAGGAGGAAACCAAGCUGCAGGGUUUCAUUCCACUGCAAGGCAAUCAGGUGAGCGAGCUGACCCCUCAGCCUGAGGAACCAGGGAAACACCUCUUUGAAAUUGCCCCAGGUGGUGCGGGAGACCGAGAAAAGAUGCCUGUCAAUCACGAAGCCUUCCUGCUCAUGGCUAAUUCCCAGAAUGAGAUGGAAGAUUGGGUGAAAGCCAUCCGGCGGGUCAUAUGGGCUCCCUUUGGUGGAGGGAUCUUCGGGCAGCGAUUGGAAGACACGGUGCAAUACGAGCGGAAGUAUGGCCUGCGGCUGGCCCCACUGCUGGUGGAGCAAUGUGUGGAUUUUAUCCGGGAGCGAGGCCUCACCGAAGAAGGGCUCUUUCGCAUGCCUGGUCAAGCCAACCUUGUCAAGGACCUGCAGGAUUCAUUUGAUUGUGGAGAGAAGCCCCUCUUUGACAGCAACACGGAUGUUCACACCGUGGCGUCCCUCCUGAAGCUUUAUCUCCGAGAGCUGCCAGAGCCCGUCAUCCCCUUUGCCAAAUAUGAAGACUUCCUGUCAUGUGGACAGCUGCUCUCCAAGGACAAGGGAGAGGGCACCCGAGAGCUGGCUAAACAGGUGAAGACCCUGCCCCAGGCAAACUACAACCUCCUCAAAUACAUAUGCAAAUUCCUCGAUGAAGUUCAGUCUCACUCCAGCGUGAACAAGAUGAGCGUCCAGAACCUCGCCACGGUGUUUGGCCCAAAUAUACUGCGGCCCAAAAUGGAAGAUCCAGUCACCAUUAUGGAAGGCACGUCGCUGGUCCAGCACUUGAUGACAGUGUUGAUAAGUGAACAUGGACAGAUCUUUGCCAUUUCGCAGGCCGAUGCGGCCGGGGCUCAGCCCGAAGCCCGCUCCGUGCUGCAGCGCAGCAUGGUGGAGUGGAUCUCCGAGGAAGACGGGGAGGACAGCAGGUCGGAGAAGAGCGUCCCCAGCCCUGCUGACUUGCCUUCUAGCAGUGCCAUGGCGCCGGACGCCGUGCCCAGCUCGCUGGCGAAAAACGCCCCUCAGGAGCACAGCAGCAAAGCCACCCAGCCUGCCACCAGCCCCAGCAAGAGGGUGCAGACGUUACCCACCUGGAAGUACUCCUUCCGGCAACAGGGGGCAAGGUCUGUCAGCCCCAAGCUGGGUAGCUCGUCCUUAGACAUUCCUAAUCUAUCCUCCAGCGGGAACUGGCUGAUGAAUGGACUGUACUCUCUCCGAGGCCACCGCCGGACGUCCUCUGGGGAGCGGGUGAAAGACUCAGGUUCAUCCCAAAGACUCUCCACCUACGACAACGUCCCCUCCUCCAGCCUCUCCCUGAGUGCACACAGCAUCGCCAGCACCGCCUGGUCCACCUCGUCCUGUGAGAUCUCGGUCGUUGAUUCUGUCAGCAGCUGCCCGGCUUGCCGGGCCAGUGACUCCUCUGCUUUAAGCUCCCUCAGAACGGAAUGGGCAACUCAGGGCUCGCUGUCGCAGAGCGAGGUUAAGACUGUGGACCUGGAGAACAGCAUGGAGAGGUUCGAAAUGUGCAUCAGCAGCUGCAGCGAGCAGAGUGACCUGGCGGCUGCUUCCAAAGACUCGGCCAGAUGCUCCAGGGCUCUGCAGAGCCUGGUUUCAGAGCUAAAGACAGGACUGAGCAAACAGAGGACUGAGUAUGAGUCUAGUAUCAAAAGAAUUGAAGAAACAAGCGCUGAACUGAGAAAACGAGUGACAAGAUUAGAAGAGGAGUUGGACCAGGAGCGAAAGAAAUACACGAUGCUGGAGAUCAAACUGAGGAAUUCAGAGCGUGCACGUGAAGAUGCUGAAAAGAGAAACCAGCUCCUGCAGACAGAAAUGGAAGAGUUUUUUUUGACAUUAGGAAAUUUGACUGUUGCAAGCCGGGGAGCUAAAGUGCCGAAGUAAAGGAAGCAGAAGUACGCCAUCGACCGUGUUUAAUUCCAGCACAAGUCAUUUUGUUCUGGGUUACUCAUGCAUCAUGAGUAAUUUUGCAGAGAGUCCCUGCUCUUAAGGAUUUUUGCUAUGUUGUUUUGUUUACAUAUGCUCUAGUAUUUGGGCUAUCAGGGAAACUGACUGCUAAAGGCAAUGCUUGAAACUGUAGACCCUAGAUUGCAAAUGGCUGGGCCUCUCUUUCCUAAUGUCAAAGGGACAACUCUGUGACUGCAGUCAUGUCACUGUCUUUGGCUUUACUGUGCCACCCUUUGCUGGUCCAGGGACAACAGUAAUGUUCCCACCACUGCUGCCAUGGCCUAAGCGAGCUGCAGGCAGGCUGGAGUGGAAGGAGCCCGCCAGUUCCUGUGGAGGAGACGAUACUGCUAGCAUGGCAGCAGGUUUAGCUCAUGUGAUGAAUCAAGUUGAACUUGGUGGGUUUUCCAUUCUUCAUGAAAUUUGUUUAAAAAUCUGCUUGGUGAAAGUUCUUAUUCCUGUUCUUUGUAUUAUUUUAUGAAGGUGUUUUGCAAAACUAGCCGACAAGCACUUUGAAGGCAUUUGAAAGUCUGACACUUCAUUAGUCACCUGAUUUCUAAUCCCCCCCCAACCCUGCCGUGCCCAAACUAUGACUCUAAAUAUUAUUAUUUGCACCAAAUGUGACUUAAUAAAAUAUGUGAUUAAUAAAUA